UUCCGAUCUGCGGAACACCGUGGACCACUUAUAUCACAGGAGGAAAAGUUUGUAUUAAGACAUCUCCAACAGAUGAUGUGACAGCAAAUCCAAAAACAUGGACAGAUAUAAUGGGAAUAUGCAACCGACCAAAGCUUCAGAAAGUGGCAUCAAAGGCAACCUUCCAUACUCAGUGGAAACCCCAUAUGGUUUUCGCCUCGACUUGGACUUCUUGAAAUAUGUUGAUGACAUUGAGAAAGGCAGAACCAUAAAAAGAAUUUCGAUCCAGCGCCACAGUAAAGGCCCUCGGGCUAGCACCCUUCCUCGGCACCCGAAUACUUCCGGGUAUGGUUACCGUCCAAGCCCCUGGGGAUCAACCGGAGCGCUUGGCCCCAGGUCUCGACUGUCCGAUGACCACCACCACAGCUCUACUCCCUGGCUGUAUGACCACAGGUCACCCAUUUCACCACGUGGCCGAGCAGAAAUUGAGGCCAAAAUCCGCGCGUUUGAUGAGCAACCCUUGGGUGAGCACAUCCGACCGCAUCUCCUCCGGGCCUCCAGUCUCCCCCUUACAGUACUUUUGAGACAAGGAUUGGAGGCAAUGGAGGAGCCCGCUAGCCUAAGAAGCUCAAGGGGUCAUCUUGGAGACAGAAACAAGUCUUGUGAAGACAUCUUAGACUCCCCAGAGAAUCCUCACACUCAGGAUUGCUCAGGCCUGUUGAGACGCCUACGAGAUGCCUUGGAACAUGUGGAAGAGCUGGAGAGGGAGGUACGGGUCAUUCCAGACCUCAGGGCACAGAUCUGUCAGCUACAGGAGGAAAAAGAAACGCUGCGGUCGCAAAUUCAACCGCUCUCUUACACCAAUGGGACCCACGACAACAACAAAAAUUCACGCUAUGAACGAUGUACUCGUAAUAGUCGAGAUGAUAAUCCUACACAUGAGUGGAGGAUGAGCACGGAUUUGGACGAGCUACUGACGGUGACGUCGCUCCAGGCUAAGGUGGCCAUGCUGGAGCAGAAACUGCACGAGACUGAGCUGGACCUUCAGAGGGCCGCAGGACGGCUGAGACAGUUGCAGAAGGCGAGCAAAGAUAAAGAUGAAGAGAUUGAACGCUUGGUCACAAAUUCCGGCGUGUGGCUACAGGCAGAGAGAGUUGUUGUCGACCAGGAGGCGGAUGAAAGCACGGCAAUAUCAAAAAGUGUCGGCGCAAAUGGACAAAACGCUCAUCUCAAAGAUGAUGUCGAAUCCCCUGAAAGCUGCCUGCCGACGGAGAUUUCUGCUGACACGUCUGUGGUCAUCCAGCACAUAAAUAAGAUCAAGCGACUCCUGGAUCAGCAGUGGGAGUGUUUGAGUGCGGCAGAGGAAGAGAAACGCCCAAAGGUUAUCUCCUUGCAGCAGGAAAUGAUGGGACUCGUCGACAUCCUUGCAUGCCACUACACUCAGCUCCGAAACAACAAUGGAUACGCCCUUCAACAUGGAGGUGGGAAAUGUGCCAUGAAAAAUGAUGGUGAUGCUUGGACCUCGAAUACUGCUGACGAAGGAUACAAAAAAAAUGCUUGUGACAAUCCAGUUGGGCAGGACUACGUGCCGCAGAUGGCUUGCGGUUUAGAGCAGGAAGAGAACAGCAUCAGACCUCAGGAAAUGGCUGCAACCCAAGUGGAAGCAGAGAGGCAGAAGACAGGGACGGAGGAAAAGAGGCAAGUGAUAUCACAUGGAAAUGGAUCGGGGCGGACAGAUGGCGGGGCGGCAUCUGUUGAAGCUGAUGCUAUCGCAGAAAUGGCCAACAUGAAGUCUCAGCUCACAGUAAAACAGAAGGAGGGGGAUUAUGCUUCCAAGACAACAACUCAAAGCAGUGAGACGGUAAAUGCCGACUUUAUGUCAGCUUGUCGCUUCCUCAACGAGCACAUGGACAACAUCGAGAAUCCUACCAAUGACACGAGGAGGGCCCUCGUCGUUCUUUUCCAGGACUGGUUCAGUACAGCAGCGGAGGAGAAUUCAAUGGCCAGUAAAGUGAACGUCUACUUGGGGCAGGUUAAAAAGGCAACUCCAUCACUUUUGGCCUUCCUCAUCAACCUGGCCGACGAUAACGGCAACACAGUCCUCCACUACAGCGUUUCCCACUGCAAAUACGACAUUGUCAGCCUGCUGCUGGACACAGGAGUAAGCGACGUUAACUUCCAAAAUGAAGCAGGUUACACAGCAGCGAUGCUGGCCUCACUCACAGCACCCGACAACCCCGGCGACAUGGAAGUGGUCCGAAGACUGAUGGAGCUCGGCAACAUGAACAUCCGCUCACGCCAGACAGGCCAGACGGCUUUGCACUUGGCUGUGAGACACGGGCGAGUGGUGAUGGUCCGCCUGCUGCUGAGCUGUGGCGCAGACGCCAACAUCCGGGACGCUCAGGGAACCACGGCUCUCAUGUUUGCAUCCGAGAGGGGCUACACGCACAUUGCGAGGCUGCUGCUGGAGAGGACCCAGUGCGAUCUGACCCUGACUGAUCAGAGUGGUCGUACUGCGCUCUCCAUCGCCAUGCUCUGCUCGCACAGUGACACGGCCGCUCUUCUGCAAGCCCACGCGAAGGCUCGAGCUCAGUCGUGAUGUUGGAGAGACUUUGUGUCACCGAGACGACGCCUUGCGUAUUGACCUUGUUUCGCGAGAACGUUUUAAGCAUUCGGUCAACUAUAUUUUAAAAGACUCCACAUGAACAGUGUGUUACAUGAGUGUUUUAUUACGACUACGGAUGAAAUGACUAGAUUAUUUUUGUUGUUGUUGCCAAGUUCUUUGCACAGGUAUGUUUUUUUUUCUUCCUGACCCCACACACAAGCGUAUCUGUGUGUGUGUUUUAAAUGAUAUGUGCAAUCAUAUUUUUUCAAUUGCUGACUUAUUUUUAAAUAAAGCUCUAAUGAAAUACACAACUUAAAAAGUAAACGAUGUUGCAGACAUCCGUGAAGGCAUUCCCUGCACGUGUCAUUCUGACGGAUAUGCUUGGAGCGGAAGGCACACAAACUUGGCGUAUCCAAACAUUCCCAUCAAUGCGGCACCCAAGAUAUCCGAAUUUCAAGUGAACGCAUUCAUCAUCGACCUUCUUGCUGUACGUAGAAAACUGAGCAGCAGUCUUUCAAAAUAAAAAUAAAAAAAUAAAAUCUCAAAUAUUAAUUCAGAAAUAGCAGUUCAAAAUUUACAAUAGUAAAACAUUGAAAUUUUAAAAAAGGUCUGCAAUAAAGCGAUUCACGGUGCUGGACAAGCUCUGCUCUCUCUAUUUUAUGUCAGGUGGAGCAACAAAUUUAAAUGAGCCAUUGUAAGUAUUGCACGCAUCCAUAUGGCCUUCCAAACUACACACGGAAAAAGGCAUUUGAUGUCAUUUCAUUCAAGUGUGACCCACAAUCAGAAGCGUGACAUCCAACAAACUGGAGGAGAGCACACGACUGAGAUUGGCAAGCAGACCGACCCGCUCAGGAGGACGUGCUUGAGUGGCCACUUCUCUCCAAAUUACUUUGUGAGUUUGAAGUUAAAUGCAUUACAAACUACUUGAAUACCCAAAUGUGUUCUUCAUACAACAUUAAUAAUUUUUUUAAUUUUUGGUCAUGUUCCAUUGGAUUGCGCAAGUCUACCUAAUGUUGUGGCUCGCAAGUAUACGAAUUAACGCUGUCUGUAUAUUAGUUGUGUCAUUGUCGCCCAUAACGUACUGUAUGCUGUUUACAGUGAAAUAAAGCGAGACACAUUCAGAAAAUUCCAGAUUUUAUGUCCCAAGAUAUUCAAAAGUAAUGCCGAAAAUCAACACGUGGAACCAGUUCGGUUUGAAUCGAGUUUUGUCUUUGCAAUUGUCCCGCGUUUUCAUGAGAACAGUAAGAAAAAUAAAAACAACAACCAAAAAAAAAAAAAAA